AUGCAGCAACAACUAACACUGCUGCUGCAGCAGCAGCAGCAGCAGCAGCAAAAGCCCUUGGCUCCAGAAGCAGCAGCAGCAGCAGCAGCAGCAGCUAGCCGAACACCAAGCAGCGACAGCAACGGCCAGGGCGCCCCCUACACUUCUCUCUACCGCACAGCAGAGGAGCAGCAGCAAGAUACUGCUGCUGCUGCUGCUGCUGCUGCAGCAGCAGCAGACCCCAUGCAGCUGCAGCUCGACGGUGUAUGUACACCCGAGCCCUCCCCAGCAGCAGCAGCAGCAACAACUCCGACUCCUGCUGCUGCUGCUGCUGCUGCUGAUCCAUCUGUACAGGCUGCUGCAUUCGCAGCAGCAAACCCAAUCAAGGACGAGCAGCUGCAGCAGCAGCAACUGCAGCAGCAACAGCUGCAGCAGCAACUGGAGCAGCAGCAACUGCAGCAGCAGCAGCUGCAGCAGCAGCAGCAGCUACAACCGCAGCUGCAGCACCCCGCCACCCUCCACGAUGUUGCGGGGGCUGCUGAGCAGCUGCCCCUAGAGCACCAGCUGCAGCAGCAGCAACUGCAGCAGCAGCAGCUGCAGCAGCAACUUGAACAGCAGCAGCUGCAGCAGCUGCAGCUGCAGCAGCUGGAACAGCAGCAGCACGACAUGGUGUCUAUGUACCACGUUGCUGGUGGUGUAGAUGUAUCUUCUGCUUUGCUGCUGCAGCAGCAGUUGCUGCUGCAGCAGCAGCUGAAGCAGCAUCAGCAGCAGCUGCUGCAGCAAGACUAUGGAGCGGGUGUAAAGGGUUUGCUGCUGCCGCAGCAGCAGCUGCUGCCCCCAACCCCGCAGCAGCAGCAGCUGGAUCAGCAGCAGCAGCAAGACCUAGAGCAGCAGCAGCAGCGCACAGCUCUCCCCAAGGUUGUUGGCGUCCGCUUCGAUAAAGUUAAUAAAACAUGGAGAGCCAGCUGGUAUGUAUCUGCUGCUGCUGCUGCUGCUGCUGCUGCUGCUGUUGUGUCGUCAGCAGCAGGAGCAGCAGCUCGGGCUGCGGGAUCGAAGCCUCAGACGAGCUCCAGCAGCAAGGGGUCUGGGGCCCGCAGAGUUUGCUACGAAACAAGAAACACCCAGAACGGUGGUGAGCUGCUGCUGCUGCUGCUGCUGCUGCUGCUGCUGCUGCUGCUGUUGCUGUUGCUGUUGGUGGUGUUGCUGGUGGUGGUGGUGGUGGUGGUGGUGGUUGUGGUUGUGCUGGUGGUGGACGGCCCGCGUAUUGGUGCUGAUGCUGCUGGGGCUGCAGCAGAUGCAGCAGCAGCAGCAGCAGCAGCAGCAGCAGCAGCAGGAGUUGGCGCUCCUGGUGCAGCAGGCGGUGCAGCUGGUUGCGGGACAGCUGGGGGCGUCGGCGGAGCAGCAGCAGGCGAAGGCACCGACGCAGCAGCAGCAGCAGCAGCAGCAGCAGCAGCAGCAGCAGCAGAUGAAGGCAGAGAAGAUGAUGAUGAGGGAGCGGGAUCGUGGCUGCCCGGGAGCGAGGGGAGACGGGGAUCGACUCGAUCCCAGCUGCGGCGGCGGCGGGCGGUCAGCAGCAAAUUCUCUCCGGAGGGUGUGGGGUCAGCGAAGCGACACCGCAAGCCUCUGACCCCAGCAGCAGCAGCAGCAGCAGCAGCAGCAGCAGGUGCUGCGCCCACAACUGCAGCAGCAGCAGCUGCUGCUGCUGCUGCGGCGGCAGCAGGAGCAGCAGGAACUGCAGCAGGAGGGAUACCGACGAAACCUCCAUCUGUUGCAGCAGCUCAGGCUGCUGCUGCUGCAGCAGCAGCAGCAGCAGCUGGUAUGCCGGGUCUUGAUCCAGCAGCAGCAGCAGCAGCAGCAGCAGCAGCAGCAGCAGCAAACCCUUGUGGUAUGGGGCAGCUGUUUGGGGGCACAGAAUACCUAGACGGCUCUAUCGGUUCCUUUCUUGAUGCCUACCUGCGGGGAGACAGCAGCAGCAUGAGUUUAGGUUUACAGCUGCCGAAGAUAGACGAUGCAGCAGCAGCAGCAGCAGCAGCUGCUGCUGCUGCUGCUGCUGCAGCAGCGGGAACACCCGCGGCUGCAGCACUGCCAAACGGUGCAGCAGCUGCUGCACCCGGUGCUGCAGAAGCUGCUGCUGCUGCUGCUGCUGCAGGGUCAUUGAUGGCACCCAAUAGACAGCAGCAGCAGCAGCAGCAGGCUGCUGCUGCUGCUGCACCAGUACUUGUUGGACGGCUGCAGCAGCAGCAAGCAUCAGCAGCAACACCAGGGAACAGCGACACGAAGGAACUCCCAGCAGGUCGAGAGAGAGACGCGCAGCAGCAGCAGCAGCAGCAACGCCAGCAGCAGCAGCAGCAGCAGCAGAAGCUGCAAGGCGUUGCAGAUGCACCACAAGGCUUCCCAAUGGAAGGCCUAGCAACAGAGGGUGGCGACGCUCUUCCUGGGGGCCCUCUCUGUGCGGGGCCCUCCCCUUUUGCUUCUCUCUUAGAGCUCGCAUCUGUGGGGAAGUUCGGAGUCGGGGUGGAGGGGUUUGGGGGUUUUGGUUCUCUUGCCCAGCAGCAGCAAACAAUGCAGCAGCAGCAGCAGCAGCAGCAGCACAACUCGGAGCAGCAUUCCCUGGAACACCAGCAGCUGCUGCAGCACCAAAUGCAGUCGUCCCUACAAACGAUGCAGCAGCAGCAAACGGACCCAGCAGCAGCACUCCUGCUGCUGCAGCAGAUCCUGCCACUGCAGCAGCAGCAGCAGCAGGAGACCCUGCAGCAGCAGCAGCAGCAGCAGCGUGGGCCUGCUGCUGCUGCUGCAGCAGCAGCAGCACUAACUCCUGCAGCCCGCAGCCUUUUUUUUUUUUCAGCAGGAACGACAGCAGCUCCUGGUGGUGCUGCGGUUGGUUUGUUACCGCAGCAGCAGCAACAGCAGCAGCAGCAACAGCAGCAGCAACAGCAGCAGCAGCAGCAGCAGCAGCAGCAAUUGACCCCUCUAGGUUUAUCUUACUUAGGUGGUGGUGUAGCUCCCCUAGUGGGUGGCUCAGCAGCCGGAGUGCUUCCACCAGCAGCAUCAUCAUCUGCAGCAGCAGCAGCAGCAGCAGCAGCAGCAGCAGGAGCAGGAGCAGCAGGAGGAGCACCAGGCAAUGGAGCCAGCAGCAACGGAGGCAGCACCGGCAACAGCAGCACAAGCGCAGCAGCAGCAGCAGCAGCAGCAGCAGCAGCAGCAGCAGACUAA